GCCUGGGUUCAUAGAGCUAGCGCCCAUAUGCCUGACGCCAAUCACAGUUUGGAUAGCGAGUUGCGUGAAGCCAAUCGCUUCAAAAAUUCCCGCAAUCGACGUGACUUCGGCAUCGGCAUUGCUGAGCACAUGAACCAAAGCUCAGGACAGUCUUGUGCCGAUUGUCUGAGCGUCAUCAGCUUCGGCGAUUUCUGCAUUCGUGUUCGGCCUGAACACCGCUCCUUGGAGUCCAUGACUUCACCCUCAAGUGACGCUUCCGAUGUGGCACCGGCUUGGCAUCUAGGAUGUUUCAGAUGUGCAACUUGCUCCGAACAUUUGGUAGACUACUGCUAUGCUUGGUCAAACGGUCGACCUUACUGCUUGCGACAUUAUGGUCAACUCAUCCGUCCUCGAUGCGCCACAUGCGACCACCUCAUUUUCUCUGAGGAGUAUACUCGAGCUAUGGAUCAAGAACACCAUACUGGUCAUUUCGCUUGCCGCAGUUGCGAUGCCUCGUUAACCGGACAGCGGUACAUUCUACGUGACGAUGAACCUCAUUGUUUGGGUUGCUAUGAGGCCAAAUUUGCCAACACAUGUGAACAAUGCAAGGAGAAGAUUGGAUGCGACUAUAAGGACCUGUCCUUUAAAGAACGCCACUGGCACGAAAAAUGCUUCAAAUGCUCUGCCUGCGCCACCUCUCUGGCCGAUCGUCCGUUCGCGACGAAGGAGGAGCAGCUGUAUUGUUCCGAUUGUUACGAUGAGCGAUUCGCCGCUCGCUGCGACGGUUGCCAGGGUGUGUUCAAGGCUGGAAUGCGCAAGUACGAGUAUCGUGGUCAACAAUGGCAUGAGGAGUGUUUCCUUUGCGUCGAGUGCAAGCAGCCAAUUGGUGCGAAGAGCUUUAUCCCACGCGAAAAUCAAGUGGUCUGUGUACCUUGCUAUGAGGCCAAGUUAUUCGCCGUGGAGGCGUGACAUACAAGGGAAACCCGUGGCAUAAAGAAUGCUUCACUUGCACAAAUUGUGCCAAGCAGUUAGCCGGACUGAAAUUUACGUCAAAAGAUGAGCAGCCGUAUUGCGCUGACUGCUAUGGUGAGCUGUUCGCCAAGAAAUGCACGAAGUGCACUAAACCCAUCACCGGUUUCGGUGGGUGCAAAUUUAUCUCCUUCGAGGACCGCCACUGGCAUUCUGAAUGCUUCCUAUGUGGCAAAUGCAAUUGUAACUUGGUCGGCCGCGGUUUCCUCACCAGCGAUGACAUGAUCAUGUGUUCGGAUUGCAGACGCUAACAUCACCCCGGCUGCAAUCGAAGUGCAGCACCUCAGUCUCUGUGACCUUGUCGUGCAAUAGAGUCAUGGCCUCGGGCUGUCUCGUAUCAGCUAGCAUGUGCAGAAGCGUGACCGUGACUAGAUUCAACUUUACUUUUUCUUAAUCACCCACAGUGCUCCACUGUUUCUCUCCUCUCUGUGUACCUUGU